GGGUUUUCCACAAUUAUUGGCAUCAAUGCUCUCUUUCUCUCUCUUGGGAUUUGCACUGUUGCUGAAUUCCAAGAUGUGCUAGACUCCUUUGUUCCUUUCUUUUUCGUCAGCUUUUCUCUCUCUCUCUCUCCCCAACAAAUCAACCGUUCCUUUUCUCUCUCUACGAUACGAGAGGGGUAGCCCAAGCGUAUACGGGUUUCUCCCGCUAAACACUUGGCAAUCACUCCCUCUCAAACUGUCGACAGUGUUCUGCGCACUAAGAAUUUGCGCUCCCUUGCUAAUACGCUUGUCACUCUUUUUUUGUCUCCCCCUCUAGGGCCUGGGGGUUAGAUACUUAGUGAAGUAGGAAGAUCUAUUGAAUUCCUCGGCUGGAUGGUGAACAUGUGUAUCCCUGUUGCUUGUGCUCUUCUCUGCAUUUACCGUUAGCAGCCUCCUGUCUCUCUCUCGUUGGCGGUUUUUCAUGUAGGGAAAGAUGCCAAGAGCGUGAAUCCGCUGUCCCCAACUUCCCUCUGCUGGUUGUUUUUUCCAGAUCAAAGUACCGAAUUUCUUUUUUCCUCUUUGUUUUCUCAAUUUUGGUGGGAAAAGCACGGGCGUGAACAUGGGGAAGUAAGGAGAAAGGUGGAGUGGUUUGUGGAGGGAAAUGGCGACGAAUUCUAACAUGGGGUUUCACCAGCAGGGGACGCUGGUGCCGGCCCCCGCGGCUUUCAAUAGCCACGCCAUCUCCUUCCACUCCGGAGCUACCAGUAGUUCUGCCGCCGGCAUCCUUUCUCCCGACUCCUCCGGAGGCUUCGGUGACGUUUUCUGCACGCUCAGGCGCGAACCCUCUUUGGCCAUGGAGUGGUCCCCUGAAGAACAAGUCGUCCUGGAAGAAGGCCUAAUCAAGUAUGCAGAUGAAACGAAUAUUAUGAAGUACAUUAAGAUUGCUGCUGACUUACGAGAUAAGACUGUCCGGGAUGUUGCUUUUAGGUGUCAUUGGAUGACAAGGAAGGAAAGUGGAAAGCGGAGGAAACCAGAAGACCCUUAUGCUGGAAAGAAGUUAAAAGAUAGAAAGGAAAAGGUGGUGGAUUCUUCUACUAGGACAAACAUAUGUCCUCUUCCAAAUUCAAACUUGGCUACAUAUCCCUUUCCAGUGUAUCAGAUGGACAAUAAUAAUGCUUUAUCGUGUCAAGUGCCAACAGUUUCAUUGCAUUUAUGGAGCAAUGCUCUUUCUGCAGCAACGACUUCAACAGUUACUAGCACAACAAGACAUCUUUUGGACGAAAACGUCCAAGUGUUUAACCAAAUUGCUGCCAAUAUGGAAGCUUACAAGGUGCAGGAUAAUAUUGAUCUUUUCUGUCGUACCAGGAGCAAUAUUGCUGCCAUCCUGGAUGACAUGAGUGGGACACCAGGGAUCAUGAGUAGGAUGCCCCCACUACAGGUCUCCAUCGAUGAAGAACUCGCAAGUACCAUUCUCCCUAAUACCACACAGGAGUCCCUAUAUUGCAAUCCUGCAAUUCAUAUAAAGCAAGAGCUUAUGAGGUGAUGCGCUGAAAAGUAAACAUGUUCAAACUGCCAGUCUAAAGGCCUCUUCGUGUAAAGUACCAGAGCUGGUUGAAGCUGCUUCAAUCAUUUGUAAAAGAAUGUGCGACAUGCGUUUUCUCGCACCUGCAUAGCUCAUGCACUUGUGUGCCUGUUUGCACUUCCAAGCCCUCAUUUAGAGCACUGCAAAUGUCAGAUACUGCUUGAAGCUGCAGGAAUAAAAUAUCUGUUUUGCUCUUUUCUCCUCUUGCUAAAUUCUCAAUAAAAGUCAGAGCUGGUGAAAAGGGGUUCCCCAGAAGUUCCUCCACAAGAUGCCAGUUCUGCAGGGGACUCAUUUACCACUAAACUGGCAGUAUUAAUGGAAGCACUUGGCAGCAUUAAGACUGAGCCCAAACAAGGGCUUCCUCAGUGCACCAAAGUGGAUCAGGUUUAGUGCAUUCAAGCUGGACGUAGCGCAUUCAACAAUCGGGCCAUGUGAUAGGACCAAAUUUUUCAGUGGCAUGGAAUAUCAUCAGGAGUUUAAUAUGUCAAGCACGAAAACAAGACCAUGGUCAUGAUGGCCUAUUUCAGCAUGACUUUUAGUGUCCAAAUCAGUGGUUUAGGAAAGGAGAACAAGGGACAAAAACAUGAUCUUCCAUUACAUUCUGUUCACUGGUUUUCAGGAACAGUAUUUUAUCUGAUCUUAACCCUCAAUAUUCUAGAGAAGUGGAUAUGUUAUCGUGGUUAACUUCAAAAUUUUAAGUAGAAAUUGAGGAUUACAAACU